ACAAAAAAAAUAUUCCAGUCCGAUCCGUUGUGGUUCGUUUCUCGUAACCGGUGCUGGGAAAUCUUCAAUCAUCUGAAUAAAUAGCUAAUAUAUCACGUUGUAGUUUUUGCUUAUAACUUGAAGGUACUGUCGGUGAUUUACACCACACAAGAUUUAUCAGCUAAAAGCUACGAGAGACGAACAUAUUGCGUUUUUCUCUUCAGACCGGAACCGCUGCAGCCGAAGGAGCUAUAGCAUUAGCAGCUCAAACCCCCGGGCCCAGGUCAGCGAGAUUCCCAGACAACUGGUGAAUAUUUAAAGUUUUCCUUUUUGUUAUUUUGAUUUAUUUUUUGGGCGGGGGGAAACGUCUUAGCUGUGAUGGCUUGUGGGGCGACCCUGAAAAGGACUCUGGACUUCGAUCCGUUAAUGAGCCAAGCGUCCCCGAAAAGAAGGAGGUGCGCUCCCAUCAUGUCUCCAGUGUCUUCACCUCAGAAAUAUCUGCGUAUGGAGCCCUCGCCUUUCGGGGAAGUGUCGUCCAGACUCACCACAGAGCAAAUUCUACACAACAUCAAACAGGAGUACAAGCGGCUGCAGAAAAGACGACACCUGGAUAGUGCUUUCCAGCAGGCGGACGGCUGUUGUCCUCUGGACCUGCAGAACAUCCACAGUGGAUCUGCUCUACCAGGUACGUCCGUGGGUGCCUCGUCUCCCACCAGAAAAGAGCAGCCUUUAUUUUCCCUGAGACAGGUGGGGAUGAUUUGUGAGCGACUACUGAAGGAGCGAGAGGAUAAAAUCAGGGAGGAGUACGACGAGAUACUGACGACAAAGCUCGCAGAGCAAUAUGAUGCGUUUGUGAAGUUCACGCAUGAUCAACUGAUGCGACGGUUUGGAGAGCAGCCUGCUAGCUAUGUUUCCUGAGCCUUGGCGUCUGAUAUCGAGGAUUACCAUUUAAUGCAAUCUACUCCAUGGACUCCGUGGGUCUAGAUGGACUUUUCUCCUAGCUGUGCCAUAUCGCCUCUAUGUGGACUCGCUGCCUCAGGCGUCAGUUAGUCUACGUUUGCUGUGUGUGCCAGAGUUAGGAGGGCUUCCUGCCGCCAGGAUUCUCCGUGACUCUACCAGUGGCCUCUUAAAGGCCGUGUCAAUAUUUAUUUGGCUUUGUUCUGAUGCCUUCGUAAAAGGCUGACUGCCAACACCCACACAUGGCCUUCUGAUUUAAUUUUUGUUGAAUUUAGUUAAUUUUACAGGGAGACGUUAGUUGUGAAGCUUCUCUUUGUGUACAUUUUGAAAAAGGGAUGGAAUAUUGAUGAGUGAAAAAACCAAGGCCACCUACAGCCUGGACUCCGGGAAUUGGCGUCUUGGGCUUUUUUUUACAGCAUUGUUUUUAAACUGUUCUGAAAAUUACUGCUUUUACAUUUGUAUACACUGUAUUUUUUUUAUUCUUGCUUGACUUUUGUUCAUUGUAUAAAAAAAAAAAAAUGUCAUGAUUUGAUUUGCUGUAGGUUUAAUGGGGCUUUGAUUCAAGAAAAUAAAACCAAUAAAGCAUUUACACAAUUA